AUGAAUAUUUAUUCUGAGAGAGCUAUUAAAUGGAUGAAGGUUUUAGGUUAUCUCCCAUCCGAUGGUAUUAAUUAAUUCUUGGGUGAGAUGGAACAUAAAUACAAUUAAUAUAUAAUGGAUAUCACAAAGUCUGAUGAGAUGCUUAUUUUUGAAUAAUUAAGCAAGUAUACUUUGGAUAAUUAAGCAUAAACCAAACAAUAGUUUGAAGAAUAAAAAAUAAAAACUGUUUCAUCAUAUAUGAACAUUGAAUAAUAUUAAAAAAAUGAGCAGGUUUACAGAAUGAUUGAAAUAGAUAAUAAGUAAAUAAUUCAAUAAUUUUUAGUCGGAUUUUGUCAAAAUGUGAAUUUUUAAAUAAUUCUUGUAAUUACAAGAUCGAAUAAUUAUUCUAUACUGAUAAUGAUUUUUAUAAAUAAAACUAUAAUGGUGUUUAAAACUCAACAAAAUUAGAUUUAUUAAAAAGAAUUCUGUACAUUUAUUCUCUAUUACAUCCUAAUAUUGGAUACAUUGUAUAAAAUUUUAAUAUUUUAUUUAGUCAGGAAUGAAUUAUAUAUUAGCCCCAAUCAUUAAGGUAAUUUAAAAAGAAGCAGAUUGUUAUUUCUGUUUUGAACUAGUGAUGGAAAAAUAAAAACAUUUGUUUUUAUAACCAGAUAAUGAAAAAGGGCUAUAGGCCAUAAUGAAUAGAUUUGAUGAAUUGAUUAAUAAUUAAGAAUCCUAAAUUUUUAAGCAUAUUAAUUAAUUAGGAUUUGUUCCAUCCCAUUUUUUUGUCGGAUUGUUCAUAACUUUGUUUACUUCAUAUUUAGAUAUCGAAAUAGUAAUUGAAUUAUGGGAUAAUAUGUUGGCACAAGAAUAUUAAGACUACUAAUUUAAAAUUAUUUUAGAAAUGUUGAGAGUAUUAAGAGAUAAGAUUUUAAAAUCAAAUAUCAAUUAAUUCCUAGAAUUAAUAACAUUAAAAAAUGAGAAUUAGGUGAAUAUAAUAAAAUCAAUUUUAAAUAAAUGA